AUGGAGGCAGAAGGAACCAAACAGGAUUUAUGUAACCAUGAGACACUCGCACUUUCAAACUCUUCAAUCUGGAGGAAAACCUGGACCAGAACCAGACACAGGCAGGUCCCCGUCAGUCUGACAUGGUACGGUCUGGAGGUCCCCGUCAGUCUGACAUGGUACGGUCUGGAGGUCCCCGUCAGUCUGACAUGGUACGGUCUGGAGGUCCCCGUCAGUCUGACAUGGCACGGUCUGGAGGUCCCCGUCAAUCUGACAUGGCACGGUCUGGAGGUCCCCGUCAAUCUGACAUGGCACGGUCUGGAGGUCCCCGUCAGUCUGAGAUGGUACGGUCUGGAGGUCCCCGUCAAUCUGACAUGGCACGGUCUGGAGGUCCCCGUCAGUCUGACAUGGUACUGUCUGGAGGUCCCCGUCAAUCUGACAUGGUACGGUCUGGAGGUCCCCGUCAAUCUGACAUGGUACAGUCUGGAGGUCCCCGUCAGUCUGACAUGGUACGGUCUGGAGGUCCCCGUCAGUCUGACAUGGUACGGUCUGGAGGUCCCCGUCAAUCUGACAUGGUACUGUCUGGAGGUCCCCGUCAGUCUGACAUGGUACUGCCUGGAGGUCCCCGUCAGUCUGGUGAGGCCCAACAACGAGACGAGAGAGAGGAAGACUCCGGAACAAAGGCCCAACAACAAGACGAGAGAGAGGAAGACUCCGGAACAAAGGCCCAACAACAAGACGAGAGAGAGGAAGACUCCGGAACACAAACCCAAUAACGAGACAAGAGAGAGGAAGACUCCAGAACAUAGGCCCAACAACGAGACGAGAGAGAGGAAGACUCCGGAACACAAACCCAAUAACGAGACGAGAGAGAGGAAGACUCCGGAACAAAGGCCCAACAAUGAGACGAGAGAGAGGAAGACUCCGGAACAAAUGCCCAACAACGAGACGAGAGAGAGGAAGACUCUGGAACAAAGGCCCAACAACGAGACGAGAAAGAGAGGAAGACUCCGGAACAAAGGCCCAAAAACGAGACGAGAGAGAGGAAGACUCCGGAACAAAUGCCCAACAACGAGACGAGAGAGAGGAAGACUCCGGAACAAAGGCCCAACAACGACACGAGAAAGAGAGGAAGACUCCGGAACAAAGGCCCAAAAACGAGACGAGAGAGAGGAAGACUCCGGAACUAAGGCCCAACAACGAGACGAGAGAGAGGAAGACUCCGGAACAAAGGCCCAACAACGAGACGAGAGAGAGAGAGGAAGACUCCGGAACUAA